GUGGAGGCGGCCCCGGCGGCUGGUGUGCCCCCGGGGGUGCCACUGCUGCUGCUGUCCCCCGGGUGGAGCGGCUGCUGCAGCGGGGGUACUACCGACUGGGUUUGUUCGUGGGUCGCCGCCCCGUCACCGUGGUUGCUGCGGGGUGCUGUCUGGCGGGUCUGGCCUGCCUGGGGCUGCUGCGGCUGCGAGUGGAGACGGACCCGCAGCGGCUGUGGGUGGGGCCGGGCAGCCAGGCGGCGAGGGAGAAGGCUGCCUACGAGGCCUCCUUCGGCCCCUUCUACCGCAUAGAGCAGAUGAUACUGGCAACACAGCCGCCAACUACCACAACCACCACCAGCGCAACCACCACCAGCACCGCAGCAGCGGGAGGGCAGGGGCAGCAGGGGUCCCCCUCCUCCUCCCUGCCUCCCCCCCAGCAGCCGCAUCAACCCCCCAUCGUGACCCCCGACAACGUCCGACUGCUGUUCGACAUGCAGCGCCUGGUGGACGAGCUGGAGGCCCCCCUGCAGCCGCCCCCCUCCUCCGGCCCCCUCUCCGGCCGCUCCUCCGUGCGCCUGGCCGACAUCUGCUACAAGCCCUUCGGCGACGUCUGCGCCACACAGAGCGUGCUGCAGUACUGGCGGGGCAGCCGGGAGGCGUUCGAGGCCGCCAUGGCCCGGCCUGCAGGGUCGCCGGGGCGCAUGGACCCGGAGUACUGCUUCAACCACUGGUACACCGAGUGUCGCUCCGCCUACCAGGCCCCCGUGGACCCGCAUGUGGUGCUGGGGGGCUUCCCGGGGGGCAGGGAGUUCAGCACCUACUCCGCCGGCGCCACCUCCUUCGUCACCACCCUGCCCGUCUCCUCCGACCCCUCCCUGCGCCCCGCCGCCCUCGCCUGGGAGGCAGCCUUCCUGCAGCUGGCGGCUGACAAGCUGGCGCCCGCGGCCGCGUCAGCCAACCUCACCCUGUCGUACUCGGCCGAGAGAUCCGUGCAGGACGAGCUCACCCGCGAGUCGCGUGCCGACGCCGCCACCGUAGCCGCCUCGUACGGCAUCAUGCUGGUCUACAUCGCCGCGGCGCUGGGCUCCCUGCCGCCUCUUUGGGGGCGGAAGGGG